AAAUUAAAUUUAGUCACAUAUAAAUUGGUCAACAAGUUAACUCUUUUAGCAGUUAAAACGUUUGCAAAAACUUUUAAGUAACAAACAAAGUCGGUUUGUCUGAUGGUUGGUGUUGAAAUUACAAUAGACUGGGGAGCCCAUGCCUAAGGAGAGCGGAUGUUUGGCCUUGGUGACGAUCAUUUCCGGUUGGAGACCUGCUCCUUUCUUAGGCCUAGAAAUCCAAGAUGGCGGCCACGAAGUCGGAAGAGGUUCCGGCCAUCCCGAAGUUUUUAAUGGACUGUUCGGCGAAGGACAUCGCAUUGAACUGGCUUCAAGCAACAGAUUUGACCAGAGAUGUGUACCAGCAUCUUGCCGAUUACGUACCAAAGAUUUACUGUAGAGGCUCUAACCCUAAUCCACUUAAUGAAGAAAUGUUGGCGCAGCAUAUUCUAUUGGGGCCAAUGGAAUGGUACCUGUGUGGAGAGGAUCCUGCUGUGGGAAUAACAAAACUUGAAAAGGCAAAUAAGUCAUCUCAGCUGUGUGGGCGUGUUUUCAAAAUUGGAGAGCCUACCUAUUCAUGCAGGGAUUGCGCAGUAGAUCCAACCUGUGUGUUAUGUAUGGAAUGCUUCUUGGCAAGUGUGCACAGAGCGCAUCGAUAUAGGAUGACUACUUCAGGUGGAGGGGGUUUCUGUGACUGUGGAGACACUGAGGCUUGGAAACAAGGUCCAUAUUGUCUGAAACAUAAACCUGCUGUCUCAGGAGCCAUGGAGGAGGAUCCACUGGCACAUUUAUCUGAAGAUAUGGUUGGACGUGCCUACAACAUUUUUGCAAUUGCAUUCAAAUAUGCUGUAGAUAUGUUAACGUGGGUGGAAGAAGAUAGACUACCUUCUGGUUUAGAGCCUUUGGAAAAGGAAGAUACUUACUACUGUAUGUUAUUUAAUGAUGAAGUCCAUACUUAUGAGCAAGUGAUUUACACCUUGCAAAAGGCUGUGAACUGUACACAGAAGGAAGCUGUCAGCUUUGCGACCACUGUGGAUAGAGAUGGUCGUAGAUCAGUUCGCUAUGGUGAUUUCCAGUUUUGUGAGCAAGCAAAAACAGUUAUAGUGAGGAACACUAGUCGACAAACAAAGCCACUGAAGGUGCAAGUAAUGCAUUCAUCUGUUGUUGCACAUCAGAAUUUUGCCAUAAAAGUAUUAAUUUGGCUGAGUCAAGUGAUUGGUUACUCAGGUGGAUUAAGGCGAAUAUUAUGUGAAGUAGGAUUACAACAAAGACCAGAUGAAGAUAAUUCUUCCCUCAUUGACAAAUUGAUGCUCUGUGACUCCAAACUUUGGAAAGGCGCAAGGAACAUCUAUCAUCAGUUAUUUAUGAGCAGCCUUCUUAUGGAUCUGAAAAGCAAAAAGCUAUUUGCAGUUCGAUUUGCAAAAAACUAUGAGAGGUUGCAGACUGACUAUGUGAAUGAUGACCACGACAGAGAGUUCUCGGUUACCGACCUUUCAUUGCAAAUUUUCACAGUACCUUCCUUGGCUCGCAUGCUGAUAACCGAAGAAAACCUUAUGACAACCAUAAUACAGACAUUCAUGGAGCAUCUAAUGAGACAGCGGGAUUCUCAUGGCAGGUUUCAGUUUGAAAGGUAUACAGCUGUACAAGCCUUCAAAUUCAGAAGGGUGCAAAGUCUCAUUGGUGAUCUCAAGUAUGUGUUGGUUAGCAAACCCAUGGAGUGGACAGACAAACUAAGGGAGAAAUUUCUUGAAGGUUUCGGGGUCUUCUUGCAGUUGUUAAAACGCAUGCAGGGAAUGGAUCCAGUAACAAGACAAGUUGGUCAACACAUAGAGAUGGAACCAGAGUGGGAGGCAGCGUUUACCUUACAGAUGAAGCUCACACAUAUAAUUUCUAUGAUCCAGGAAUGGUGUGCCUCAGAUGAAAAUGUUCUAAUUGAAGCCUACAGGAAGUGUUUGAUUGUUUUAUUACAGUGUCAUAAUGGGCUAUGUGAUGGUGAGCAGCCUAUCAUUUUGAGUAUGUGUGGGCAUACACUGGAAAGUGUACAGUACCGUGUAUCCCAGCAUCAAGUCAGCAUCCAUUUGCCAGUUUCACGCUUGUUUUCAGGUCUGCAUGUGCUUUUAAGCAAAACUGAAGUGGCUUACAAGUUUCCAGAGCUAUUGCCCCUUAGUGAACUGAGCCCACCAUUGUUAAUAGAACAUCCACUUCACUGCAUGGUGCUCUGUGCACAAGUACACGCUGGAAUGUGGCGGAGAAAUGGUUUCUCCCUCGUUAAUCAGAUCUAUUAUUAUCACAAUGUGAAAUGCAGAGUGGAAAUGUAUGAUAAAGACUUAAUAAUGCUCCAGGCUGGAGCAUCUAUGAUGGAUCCAAACCAUUUUCUAAUGAUUAUGCUUUGUCGAUUUGAGUUAUAUCAUAUAUUUAAUAGUCCUGACUAUGGCAAAAGAUUUAAUUCUGAACACACCAACAAGGAUGUCCUGCAACAAAACAAUACUCUGAUAGAAGAAAUGCUUCACUUGAUCAUAAUGGUGGUUGGAGAGAGAUAUACUGCGGGAGUGGGUCAGGUGUCUGCUGAAGAUGAGCUGAAACGUGAAAUUGUUCAUCAGCUAUGCAUAAGGCCAAUGGCACAUAGUGAAUUAGUUAAAGCAUUGCCUGAAGAUGAGAACAAAGAGACCGGAAUGGAAAGGGUUAUUGAAUCUGUAGCCUCGUUCAAGAAACCAGGAUUAACGGGAAGAGGACUUUAUGAGCUAAAACCUGAAUGUGCCAAGGAAUUUAAUGUCUUCUUCUAUCAUUAUUCUAGGGCUGACCAAUCCAAGGCUGAAGAAGCCCAAAGAAAGUUGAGGAAGCAAAAUGGAGAAGACAUGGCUCUACCACCUCCUGUCCUUCCUCAUUUUUGCCCCCUGUUUGCCAGUCUGGUAAACAUCCUUCAGUCAGAUGUUUUUAUGUAUAUCUUGAGAACAGUCCUGCAGUGGGUUGUGGAACCAAAUGGACAUGCUUGGACUGAAAGUAUGUUACAAAGGGUUUUGCACUUGAUUGGAAUGGCUUUAAAUGAAGAGAAACAACAAAUAGAAAGUGCAAGUGCAGACAGUGAUGUGACCUUUACCUUCACCUCAAAAUUUUCAUGUCCUGGGGAUGCUCCAGAAAACGCACCUAGCAUUUUAGCAAUGCUGGAAACCUUGCAGAAUUCUCCUCAUUUGGAGGUUUAUAAGGACAUGAUCAAAUGGAUACUUAAGCUUUUUGGAACUGUUAAAAAGAUGAGAGAACGAAGCAAUUUGGCCCCUAUUAUAGAAACAGAAGGGCAUGGCAUGGAAGAGUGUUCACGAGAUAAAGAUAAAGCAGAUAGGAAGCGGAAAGCUGAAAUUGCCCGGCUGCGAAGAGAGAAGAUAUUGGCCCAGAUGUCAGAAAUGCAGAGACAUUUUAUUGAUGAAAAUAGAGAGUUAUUUCAACAGACAUUAGAAGAACUAGAAGCUUCAUCUUCCACAGCCCCUGACAACAGACCUAUAGUUCCUGAUGCAGCAUUGAUUGCUUUAGGUCCCAGACAAACCAGAGUCUUUGAAGAGAAGCAAGUUGUUACAUGCAUUUUGUGCCAAGAGGAACAGGAGAUUAGAAUGAACAACAAAGCAAUGGUUUUGGCAUCCUUUGUUCAGAGAUCAACAGUUUUGUCCAAGAAUAGAGCAAGGACCAUUCAGGAUCCAGAAAAUCAUGACCCAUUGUUCAUGUCGCCUGAUUUGGCCUGUGGCACUCAUAUUGGUAGCUGUGGACACAUCAUGCAUGCUCACUGUUGGCAGAGUUACUUUGAUGCAGUUCAAGCAAAGGAGCAGCGGAGACAGCAGCGGUUAAGAGUGCACACAAGCUAUGAUGUGGAGAAUGGAGAAUUUCUUUGUCCACUGUGUGAAUGUUUGAGCAACACUGUUAUUCCUUUACUUCCUUCUCCUAGAAACCCAUUGAACAGUGAUAAUUCAAAAAACAAUGCAGGUGUUCCUGUUUUGUCAAGUUGGCUGAAACAUACAUUGCAGCAGUUGAAGAUCCUGAAGAAAAUCCAAGAAAAACAAACAGAGAACCUCUCCAACACCCACUUUGAAGGAAUUGAGAUCCCCGAGGUGUUUCAACCUGAUGUAAAACCAAAGAAUCCUUUCUCAGAAAGCAUCAAAGGGAUGCUUACAACCUUGGCUACAGCAACAUUCAAAGUGGGUCUGAAGGUUCAUCCCAACGAGCAGGACCCACGAGUGCCUAUGAUGUGCCGGGGCAGCUGUGCAUAUACAAUACAAGCAGUAGAGCGUUUUCUGGCAGAUGAAGAAAAGCCACUGUUUGGUCAUCUACCAUGUAGGCAGGAUGACUGUCUGAAGGCAUUAACUCGAUUUGCUGCAUCACAAUGGACUGUAAGUUCCUUGCCUGUGGUUCAGAAUCAAUACGCUCGACUGUUAUCAGUUCUGAUACCUGAUGAUGAUAAGACUCAGAUUUCUCCAUCUAUUCUUGAUGUUGACAUGUUCCAUUUAUUGGUGAGCCUUGUGCUUUCUUACCCAGCUGUGCACUGCCAAGAUUUCACAGGAGUUAGCUUAGCUGUUGGUCACCUUCAUCUCUUCCAUCUGGUUACCGCAGCACACAUUGUACAGAUUUUACUGACAUCUUCAACAGAGGAAAAUACUAUGGACCAGGAGAGUGCUGAUGGAGAUGAAGAAGCUGCUGCCUUAACAUUGUAUGACAAACUCAGGCAAUACUCAGGAAGUGCCUUGAAUUCCAUGACCUCAGGUUGGCACCUGUGGCAAUAUAUCAAGAUUGGUAUAAUACCCUAUCUACGAUGUUCAGCCUUGUUCUUUCAUUAUCUAAAUAAUGUUCCAGCACCAGUUGAACUGCAAGAGAAUGGACCACACCACUUUGAACUGUUAUGCUGCUAUCUUUCCCUCCCAACAAAUCUAAUGAGUCUUUUCAAAACUGAGAAUGAUACAAUUGAGCCAUUGAUACAAAGAUGGUGUGGUGUUGUGGAAGUGCAGAGCUUUCUGAAAGGAGAGAGAACUGCGAUUAGCUAUCCUCGGGAGCCAAACAAAUUAAUUGAACUUCCUGAUGAUUACAGUUGCCUCAUAAACCGAGCAUCUUGUUUUACAUGUCCAAAAUCAGGUGGGGAUAAAAGUCGGGCACCAACACUCUGCUUGGUCUGUGGGGGCAUGUUGUGUUCUCAGAGCUACUGCUGUCAGACAGAACUGGAAGGAGAAGAUGUUGGGGCUUGUACUGCUCAUACCUACACUUGUGGUUGUGGAGUCGGAAUUUUUCUGCGAGUUCGAGAAAGCCAGAUUUUGUUCCUGGCUGGAAAGACGAAAGGGUGUUUUUAUCCACCACCCUAUCUUGAUGAUUAUGGAGAGACAGAUCAGGGAUUGAGACGAGGGAAUCCCCUUCAUCUCUGCAAAGAGCGGUACAGGAAGCUGCAGAAACUGUGGCAGCAACAUAGCAUCACAGAGGAGAUUGGUCAUGCACAAGAAGCAAAUCAGACACUAGUUGGCAUCGACUGGCAGCACUUGUGAUUAAUUUCUAAUAGAACUGUAGGCACUCGGCACAUCCUGAAGCAAAAAAAAGUCCUCUUGCCAGAAGUCAGAGGAUCAGGUUUAAUGAAAUACACCUCAGGCCACCCAUUUUGAAACACUUAUUUCAGAAUUACAGUGAUUUUGAGAAAGGCUACAUAUCUAUUCACCUGUCAUUAUGAAAAUGUGGAUUGCAUGUGAAGUGCGUAUUUUAAAGACAUGUCAUUCACUUUAUUUGCACUUGAAAUUUUCUCCACAACGAUGGAACGUUUUGGGAUAAUAAAACCCACAUCUUCAAAGCCGCUGUUUUUUAAUCAUAAUUAUUUAUCAGGUGUUGGAGUAAUGCAAUAUAGACAUCCAAAGUGUGUUUCUGUGCUCUAUAGUUAGUGAUGUCUCAUGAACAAUUUUGGGUCAAAUUGGAAAAGAUUGCCAGCCUUCAAUUGGAAACUCUCUUUUUUUGCUUUCCCUCUCUGUCUUGAUUCCAUAGUAGUUUACUCACUUUACACCGAUUUGUGAAUGUGCUUUCUUAAGGUGUGCAUCUGGUUUCAGUCAACUAAUCAAACUUUGAAUACAGUGGUCACUAGAAUAAGAAAGGAUUUCCUUGACUAAAAGAGCAGUUUGCCACUGUUCUACUUGUGUUAAAGAUCUUACUAUUUGUGUGUUACAAAAAAUAUAUUGUAAAAUGUGUUUAAAGGAUAUAUAAAGCUAUUUUAUAAUGUGCAGUUUACUAUGAAUUUAUUUUUUAAAGAAGUCGUAUGCAAGCAGUGGCUGUAAUCAGGACAGUUAACUUAGUGUUUUUUUUAAAUUGCAAGAAUUAACUAGAGGUUUCUUGAGAUAUACUUUUAAUAGGAAUGAUAGUGAGCAAAGAGGAAAUGCUUCUAGUUUUAAUUUUCUUGUCUUUGCUUAUCUGGAGCAUUAUUUUAUCAGAUAUUCAAUUCAGACUUUAGUCAGAACCUGCUUGUUAACAUGUACCUUGCAAAACUGUUGUUUUUGGCUGGAGUUGAUCAUGGAUUGUUUCAAGCGUAAAUUAUUCAGGCAAUAUACAAUGCUUUGUAGAAGCUAGUAAAGAAAUGUCUCUGAAACAAAAUGAAAUAAGUAUGAUUAAAUGCAUAUUUUAGGUAAGAUAGUCUGCACAGCAUCUUGGAGGAUUUUGCUCCAUAAUUAUCCAAAUUCAUUAUACCUUUUUGUUUUGUUGAUGAUGUAGUAAAAUGAAUUAGUUGUGUUACAACUUUGACAACUUCAUAGAAUAUGGUCAAAUAUGGAUUGGAUUCAGUUCUUGUUUAUGUUGUGAAUUCUUAAUUUGUAUGGGUAGACUCAUUUGAUUUAAAACUAAUUUUGCGUAUGAACAUGAGCAACAUAUUUGUGACUACGUUUGCCUUCAAUAGAGUCUUUUCCUGUUAACAGCUCCAGCAUAAGGUUUAAAUGUGCAAACACAUCAUUUGACACUUACAAAUGAGUUGUAGACAGUUAAAAUUGUUGCUCAAAAUGUGACUAAAUUUAUCAGAACCAAUAUGAUCUUCAUGUGCAUUGUUACUUUGAAUUUUCUGGGGGAAGUGAGAAAUCUGACAAACAUCCUCCUGCUUCAGGGUGAAGUAGUAAAGCCAUUAUAUUGGAUUGCUUGUGCUACAAUAUUUUUUCUGAAUUUUCAUGCAUUUCAUCAGUAUUUCAUCCUGAGAUGGACAAUUUAAACAAAGGGGAAAUAACUAAUUCUGUUUCUUUAAAAGGCAGCUGCUGAAGAUAUGAUGGAAAUCUUCAGCACAAAACAUAUGGCUAAUUAUUUUCAAUAAUGCUGUUUUUGCCAUCCAAAAUUAAAUAAUCUAAAAAAAAUAAGUUCUGGAUUUGGACUUGUAACACUAAACAUAAUAAUUGGAUCUUGCAUUGAUGAAUGAAGAUCAAGGAAAAUAACAACAUAAAAUUUGUGGCUUUUUAGCUAACUUUGUUGAUAAAUUUGUCAGAACCUGAAAAUUUAAUCCUGAGAACAUAGCUUUCCAAAUAUGUCUGCCAGGGAAGUUGUUUAAUUCUUUACUGUUUGACAUGUGAGUUCAACUUUUGUUGCUAAAUACUGGUUCUAGUUCUUCACAAUUCUGGUUAUUUCAGAAGGUUGAUAUGUACAAGGAAAGCCAUUUAGUUCAUCCAUCCAGAGCAAUCCUACUGUACUGACAUGACAGCUUCUGUAGUUUUUCAGAUGAAUUUCACACAUUUGCAACCCUAACUAAUAAUCCAUUCAGUUAUGUCAGUUAAAUUGCUUUUUAUUCCUUUGAGCAUCUAACUGCUGUGGUUUAGUUUAAAAUAGUGUCCUGGAGUUAUCCAUUCAAUACCUGUAAUCUUGUAUUCCCUCUCAGUUAAUUUAUUCCCGUCUUUGCUUAAAUCUCAAUCUGCUGAAUUCAAGAACCACUCCUGUGGGUUAUUUCCUUCAUGUCUUGAGGCUUAUGUCUUCAUAGUUAGAAUUGAAUAGGAGGACAUCUGUCAUUUAUUUUUUAAUGGCCUCCAAGUUGGUGAAAAUAGGUGAAUCAACUCUAUAUCUUCCAGUGAUAUUCAUUGAUUUUCAGUCAACUAAUACUGCACUUUCUUGUCUUGUUCUACAUUGAUCUUUGAAGGUAGUUGUUUUUGUUUUUCCUUAAUGUGAGAUGCAUAUUACUUAUCAGUCAAAGUUUUUAUGCACAUUUUACUAAAUUUUAUAUAUGCAAUACUUGAAAUCCAGUAGUGUAUUAAAAUCUUAAGAGGCACCAUAUAAACUUAAUACAUCUUUUAUGUUUUUCUAAAAUAGGUUCAAGCUUUUAGUGGAUCAUAAUGCCAUUUCAUUCUCUAGUAAUAUAUCUGUUCCAGUAACGCUUCAACUUUAUUGUUCUUCAAUACUACUUAAAAUAUAUUCUCUUGUUGGAAAAGAUUUUGAUGCUACUUGAAACCCAUUGUUCCUUUGUGACUACCUUAUUAAGAUCAACAAACAAAGAUUAAUACUAUUUCCAUGUAAACAGUAGGCCACCACAGAAUCUGUUUAACAGACCUCAUGCCACUGGCAUAUGAAGUAGAUAAAUUACACUUGUGUAUUGAUAAAAGUAGUAGAUGCAAUCUCAUGCAUUACUAUAUCUUUCAAAAAUGGAAGGUCCAUUUUUAGAGAUUUUCUAUUUUACAUAGAGUCAAUGCAGGAAGACUUUUUAAUGCUUGAAUAAACCUGAAAAUACGCAGGUGCUGUAAUUUGGAUAUAACAUUAGCAUAUAUUUGGUCUUCCAGAUAAUUUUGUUUCCAUUCAACUAAAAUAGUUUGCUGUGAAAAUAACACUUCUGUUUUCCCAUUGUUGGUUGACCUUGUUAUAAAUAUAGAUGAAAAUCUGAUAAAGCUGAGAGAAGUCUAUCUUUAGUUUGAAGCUAACCUAUGUAUUGUUGAAAAAAGAGCACACCCACUUCUUUUCUUUUCCUUAUCCUAUUAAUACCUUAAAUUAACCAUAUUCACUUGUAUUGUGCAAUCUCCUGUCAUGAACCAUUUAGCAUGUAUUUACAUUCACUGUAGAAAUGUUUAUAAAAUAGGAAUACUUUCGGUAUUUGAGAGAAUACUUGUAAUAAAUGGGCUGUUAAUAUAUGUUGAAUUCAUGUAUAAUUGGUACUAUGUACUAUAUGUAAAAAAAAAAAGAAUCUCAAGAUUCAAAAUAAAUGCUUUCGGUGUUGAAA